AUGGAUUCAUGUCAGAAGCUUCCUUUGUACAUGUGUAACCAUCUACCCAGAUCAUGUCAGAGGCUUCUUGUGUACAUAUGUAACCAUCUACCCAGAUCAUGUCAGAGGCUUCUUGUGUACAUAUGUAACCAUCUACCCAGAUCAUGUCAGAGGCUUCUUGUGUACAUAUGUAACCAUCUACCCAGAUCAUGUCAGAGGCUUCUUGUGUACAUAUGUAACCAUCUACCCAGAUCAUGUCAGAAGCUUUUUAUGUACAUGCUUCUUGUGUACAUAUGUAACCAUCUACACAGAUCAUGUCAGAAGCUUCCUUUGUACAUAUGUAACCAUCUACACAGAUCAUGUCAGAAGCUUCUUAUGCACAUAUGUAACCAUCUACCCAGAUCAUGUCAGAAGCUUCUUGUGUACAUAUGUAACCAUCUACCCAGAUCAUGUCAGAAGCUUCUUAUGUACAUAUGUAACCAACUACCCAGAUCAUGUCAGAAGCUUCUUAUGUACAUAUGUAACCAACUACCCAGAUCAUGUCAGAAGCAUCUUAUGUACAUGUAA